AUGUCAUUGCCCACAAUUAGACUUCUGCCCCGCCAUCUACGGCCUCUCGCGCAGCAAUACAAUCGCGCAAUCACAGUUUCUAUUUCCGCCAAAUCUUACCAUUCAUACGAUCGCCCAUCUUCCUCAGAUUCUCCCUUUCCACCCACCGAAUCAAGCAUACUCCGCGCCUCCCUCCCACAUAUACCUGCCCAUGGCUUCACCCUCAACACCCUUUCUCUCGGCGCCCAAGAAGUCGGCUAUGUACCUGCCGCCACCAAUAUUUUCCCAAAGGGAGCAUUCAGUUUAGUACACUAUCAUCUGUAUACGCAAAGAUUAGCUUUGAAAAAUCACACAGAGCAUAUUGCUCCACCACCAGAAACCGAAGGAGGGGAACCACCAAAAGGAGUGGGAAAGAGAGUUAAGUCUUUAACAUGGGAAAGGUUAAUGGGAAACAAAGAUGUAAUUCACAAAUGGCAGGAGGCCCAAACCCUCCUCACCCUCCCCACUAAUCUCCCCACCUCCCUGCGCGAACUCCACGCCCUCUCAGACGAAAUCUGGUUUCUGUCCGGCGACACCGCAGUCGAUAGUUCCUGGUACACGAAGCGAGCCUCGCUCUCUACCAUCUACGCCGCUACCGAAUCAUACAUGACGACUGAUAGAUCCGAGGGUUUUAGGGAUACGCGAGAGUUUUUAGAUAGGAGAUUUCGGGAUUCGCAGGUCUUGGGUGGUCUGGUGGGGGGAAUUGGUCAAUGGGUGGGUUUUACGGCGAUGGCGGGGAUUAAUGUUUUGAGGAGUAAGGGGGUGAGGGUUUAG